ACAAUUUAUGAAGCGUGUAACCCACGUGCCCCCUAUUUAUACCCCUCAUCCCCAAAUCCCCCUUCUCCAUCGCCAAUUCUUCACUCACUCCAAAUAAAAUUCACGAAAAAUCGAUAUCUUCUCAAAUAAAAUUCAGGAAUUUCCUUGAAAUUUUCAAUCAUUCAGCUGGUAUAUAUGGCGGAUUCAGGCAAUAGCAAAUCGGCGGCGCGGCGGCAGCCAAAUAGGUUGCAGAGGAGGGCGCCGGCGUCGUUGCAGAUCAGUCCUGUGACGGAGUGGAAGGCGGCGAUACCGCUUCUGUCUCCAUUGGUUCAGUCGCCGACCUCGGAUGAUGCGACGAUCGAGGUUAGAUCUUGUACUAACAGUGGUAGUGAGACGUCGGCGGCGGCGGCGGUGGCGGCGGCUGAGAAGCCGGGGAUGGUCAUGAAGAAGUGGCAGCACCCUGCUGCGCCGUUCGGCUAUGAGCCGGCGCCGUUUAUGCCUUUUGUACACAUUGGAGUUUCAGAUAGAUGAUGAUUUCUAUAUGUAUCUUUUUUUGUUUAUUAAAUUCUCUUUUUCUCGUCCA